UGCGUUUUGCAACACUAAGCCAGCGAAUUUUCUGAGCGUGGAAGGCGUAUUUAAUAAACAAUUUCGAUUUUGGCAGAAAUUUACCGAAAAUAAGCAUACAAAAUGAAUGCGCCGCCCACCUUUGAGUCCUUCCUCCUCUAUGAAGGCGAGAAAAAAAUCAUCAAGGAACUGGACACCAAGGUUACAAAUGCGGCUAUAUUUACGAUAAACAAAGAGGAUCACACUCUGGGAAACAUGAUCCGCAACCAAUUGCUGAAGGACCCCAAUGUUUUGUUUGCCGGCUACAAAGUUCCCCAUCCUCUAGAGCACAAGUUCGUUAUCCGCAUUCAAACUACGGCGGAUUAUUCCCCUCAAGAAGCCUUCAUGAAUGCCAUUACCGAUCUUCUGGCGGAAUUAUCCCUUUUCGAAGAGCGAUUCAAAGAUGCCAUUAAGGAGAAAAAGGAGGGCGGCGAUUAAUUUUACUUAUACCAUUCAUAAAAACCCAAUAAAUUUUUGCAGUUUUCUUCCAAA